AUGACUGUCACCAAAUUUUCCUCUGCACCAGAUUGCAAAUUAUUCUAUGGCGCCACUAUAGUCACCGUCAACCAAAAGCGCCAAAUAAUAUGCGACGGUUAUAUCCGAGUCGAUGGUGAUCGAAUCACUGCAGUGGGAAAAUGCCCAUAUCCCGAAGAACUGCCUUCUGGAGCGCGCCAGGUUGAUUGUCGAGGCAAAAUUAUUAUUCCCGGACUUAUCAACACGCAUGCCCAUCUUGUUCAGUCGCUCCUACGAGGUUUGGCGGAAGACUUGCCAUUACAUAAUUGGUUAUGCGAUGCGAUAUGGCCACUGGAGGCUGUGUUUGAGGGCGAUGAUGGCGUAAAAGCUGCCCGCCUGACCAUGCUGGAGAUGUUGAAGACGGGAACAACUUGUUUCCUUGAUCCAAUGUUGACAUAUCGUGCUGGAUUUGAUCAAAUCUGCAAAACCAUGGGAGAGAUGGGCAUCAGGGGCUGCCUGGGUAAAUUAGUGAAGUUCACAGAAACCAAUCGCCAAUUGUCAAUUUCGGAUCCCAGAGACAGAGACCUGCUUGCAAUGUCAAUCCCAGAGCUUGUCAAAGCGCACCAAAAAUACCACGGCAGUCAUGAUGGCCGAACUCAUGUCUGGGCUGCAGCAGGUACCCCUCGUGGAGCACCAAUCUCUCAAUACCUCGAACUGGGAGAAACAUGCGCGGAACAUGGAAUAUCGGCAACCAUGCAUUGUGCGGAAGCUCCAAGGGACCGUGGUAUCUAUCAUGAUUCCUAUAGUUGCAGUGCCAUGGAGUUUAUCCGAGAUGCUAAGCUCUGCGGCGAGCAAAACGAUGACUCUGGAAACAAGAAGCGAACACAUAAUCUUGUUCUCGCGCAUAUGGUGAACCUGGACGAGGAAAUAGACAUUCCGUUACUCGCGAGCACGGGGACUUCCGUUGCUCAUAAUCCGACAUCUAAUCUCAAGCUGGCCUCCGGAGUGGCCCCAGUGCCAGCCAUGCUUGAGCACGAGACUCCAGUGAAUGUUUCCCUGGGAACAGAUGGUGCCCCGUGCUCAAAUCAUUAUGACAUGUUUCAGGAGAUGCACCUGGCCAGUAUACUCCACAAAGGUGUGAACCACAAUGCAGCCCUGAUUCCAGCCGAGACAGCGCUGGAGAUGGCGACUAUCAACGGAGCCAAAGCUCUGGGACUGGAAGCCGACAUUGGUAGUCUUGAAGAGCAAAAGAAGGCUGAUUUUGUGGUGCUUGAUCCAUACGGUCGCGGAGGGGUGGGAGCUGCACCAUGGUCUUCCGAAUUCUCGAGCCACGCGGUCAAUGUCGUCACAACUGUUGUUCACGGGUGUACCGGUCGCGAGGUGGACAUGACAAUAGUGAAUGGUGAAAUUCUCGUUGAAGGUGGCGAGCUGGUGACAGGUGGAAGAGACGGGGAGAUGGACAUUGUGGGCCAGGCACAGGUGGCCAUUCAAGGUAUUUUGCUUCGGUGUAACGGCGGACGAGAAGAGGAUUCUCAGAUUGGUGGGAAAAUCAAGAAGGGUUGGGAAUACGUUUAG